AUGGAGGACCUACCCACAGAUUUCUUUGUGACGACUUCAGCAUACACACCCACAGUCCACCGGGAUCAAUAUCCAACUAUCAAUCCCAGGAAUCCCGAAGUUUCUCAAGCAGGUAAAGUCGUCAUCAUCACGGGUGCUUCAUCAGGAAUUGGUGCCAGAGGGUUCGCCCCAGCGUUUGCGAAGGCUGGACCAAAAGCAAUUGUGCUCGUGGGCCGGAACAUAAGGAGGUUAAAGCAGACCGAGGAAGUGAUCAGAGCGAUCAAUCCUAAUGUUGAGUAUAUUUCAGUGCCAACCGAUCUAACUGAUCCUGCCUCGGUCGAUCGUCUUUUCAGAUUAGUCCGUUCGCGGUAUGGGCAUGCCGAUGUACUUGUCAACAAUGCAGGCACUUUCUCUCCAAGCGAUGUUCUGGGUAACGUGGAUCCAAACGCAUGGUGGUCCGAUUUUGAGAUUAACGUCAAGGGCACGUUCCUCGCGACCAGAGGGUUUCUGUCAUUGCUUGGUUUUCAGCGGCAGGGUAAGAUCAUCACUUUGAGCACCAGUGGUGCAACAGCGGUCUUUCCAGGCUUGUCCGCAUAUUCAAUCUCUAAAUUAGGGGCUUUGAAAAUCGCCGAGUACGUUGCAGCAGAGUAUUCGAACGUUACCUCUAUCGCAAUGCAGCCUGGGACGGUAAUGACUGAGAUGGUCAUUGGUGGGUCCACUGCACGUCCUAUCGAUCACGUCUUGCCUAACGCGCAUAAUCCAGACAGUUUCAAGCGUUUUGCUCUCGACACCCCGGAAUUGGUUGGGGGAACUGGCGUCUGGCUUGCUAGUGACGCCGCUAACUUCUUGACUGGAAGAUUUGUCUCUGCAAAUUGGUCUGUCGAUGAUCUGGUGAAGAAAAAAGAUGCGAUUCUUGCCUCCAAUGAUCUUAAACUCAUCUAUCAGGGUCGCUUUGGUCUGGAUCAGUUCAAGUGA